GCAGGUAAUUAGAAGGGGAGGGGCAGGUUGAAGAAACCUUCCUUGCAAAAUGAUUCAUGUUAGUACCUGCCGUACUCUAUACAUAAUACGAUAGUUGGAGGAAAGUAAGACUUAAAAUAUACUUUAGGUCUAGGUCAGGUACUUAAAGUUAUCAGGGUAUCAGGUACUUACCUAGCUAAUCGCUUCUCUAUAUAAAAUCACCUUCUCAAAUAGCUUCACUUUUCCUUCCUUCAUUCCUCUUUUCCUUCUUCAGCUUCUAAUGCCCGAGUCUCCGUCUAAUACAUGACACAUACAUGACACAUCCGUGCUCAUAAUGGCCUCUUCCGAACAGCAACCCCCCCUAGAUACGGCUCGGCAUAUUCGUUACUGGCAGCGAUGCUUCCGCUCUGUGCUCCCUCAUCACUACGUGAGUAACGAUAGUAUUCGUCUCACGCUCGGCUUCUUCAUUGUCGCCGCUCUCGAUCUCCUAUCCUCAUCUUCAUCAUACUCCGAACCCCCAAAGGAUCCCCUAAAAACCUCCCUUAUAAGUCGAGAAGACCGUACUCGGCUAAGGGCCUGGGUCCUCUCACUACAGCAUCCACAGGGUGGUUUUUGUGGCUCACCUCACCAUGUCCUACCAGAGCAGUAUACCACAAAAUGGGACGCUAUUAACAAUGCUGAAUCCGCGCUGGACCCGGCCAAUGCUAAUAUAGCUGCUACCUACUUUGCCCUACUUUUGUUAGGCAUUCUGGCCGAUGACGACGGCUCUAAAGCAUUUGAGGGAGUAAACCGUAUAAAAACUCUACGCUGGCUCAAGACGCUGCAGAGGGAUGACGGCAGCUUUGGCGAGAUCAUUGACGAGGACGGGUAUGUCGGGGGAGGCAGGGAUAUGCGUUAUUGCUACCUGGCUGCUACUAUUAGAUGGGCUCUUGCCGGAUCCGAGACUGACGAAGACUUCAACGUCGAUGCCCUGGUAGCACACAUACGGCGAGGACAAACCUUCGAUGGUGGCCUAGGCGAAAGUUCCACACACGAAAGCCAUGCUGGAUACGUCUACUGCGCCGUAGCCGCGCUAUCUAUUCUUAACCUCAGCAACCCAAACGCUGCCACAGAACCGGACCGGUACCUGAAAGCAGGCAUUCCUUCCAUUCCGUCUUUAGUUCACUUCCUUGCCUGCCGUCAGUUCGACUAUCUGGAACCCGACGCUGACGACGAAAAUGAAGAAUCCAGCAACCACCCAUUACCUGAUAUCUCUGCCUUGGCUGUUUCAGAUGCACCUCAGAUCGCUGGAUUUAAUGGCCGUCUGAAUAAGGUCGCUGAUACAUGCUAUACGUGGUGGGUCAGCGGCACGCUGUUUAUGCUUGGCGAGAGUCAGGUGCUUGAUCGCGGCCCUGCUAGGAAGUUCAUACUCGAGAAGACACAACACAUGAUUGGCGGGUUUGGGAAGCACCCCGGUGCUCCUCCUGACGUCUACCACGGGUACCUAGGACUUGCGGCCCUGGCAACGUUGGCAAAUGCCGAGGGCGACGGGAAGAAAGAAGAAGGAUUGGGCCGAUUCGAUCCGCGUCUGUGUAUAGGAAUUGAGGCUUCUCAAAGAAUCACUAAGGCUAGGGAAGCACUACUGGCCCCCUCUCAAGAAGAUGAAGACAGCGAUGACGAUUGGGAGCAGGAGACUGAGAGGAUUAAGAAGGAACUCGACUGGGAUAAGACUAGAGAGACUAUGACACGGCUCGAGGCGAAGUGGAGGGCAGAGGGCAAAGUACCUAUUCAUGAGAUGGAUAAGUGGAACCCUUUCCACCCACCGAAUCUGGAUGAGCUGAACGCUUAAGCGAUAUAACGGGAACUGGGUUACUGCGAUUGUGGCAUAUCCGUUUCUUUGCUUUUUCUGCUAGUUCCCUCUUUAUAAGGCGUUGCAUUAUCAAAAAGUUGAGGAGGAAGGAAUGAAAUCAAUAGAAAAGGAACCUAGAAUACGGCUUAGCGAAGAUAGAUCGGGGAAUUUGGCGGAGUGGAUGAAAAGCCAAUUACUCCAACUCCAACUAGCUCGCUAAAUCAUGUCCGUUCGGUUAGGGGAACAAGAUAGAAAACCGACGAUGAGUUUCAGUCUCCAUAAACUAACUACCCGGUACUUGAUACCCCUGAAAUAUUUUUAAGCCUG